ACACACACGGAAAACAGAGAAAAAAAAGAAAAAAGAAAAAAGAAAAACAAUCGCUAUCACGAGUCCCUUUCUCCAUGAGCGAAAGGAGAGAGUAGAAAAAGAAGGACACAAAAAAAAGAAGAAUAAUCUGAAUUAUUCUUCUUCUUCUGCUUCUACCCUGCGUGGAUGGCGCGCCUCUUCCGAGAUCGGGGAACCCUAGGGGAGUCGAAGAGGGAGAUCAACGGCGAAACCCUAAGGCUCUCCUCCUCCUCUUCCUCCUCCUUCUCCAUGGCCGCCUCCGCCGCCGCGGAUCUCCCCUGCCCCUUUGGGCAAUUGGGGUGCGCCCUCUCCGAUUCCGAGCUCCGCGAGACCGCGUACGAGAUCUACGCCGCCGCGUCCCGCACCUCCGGGGGGAAGCCCCUCACCUACAUUCCGCAGUCCGAGCGCACCCCGACCUCCUCCUCCUCCUCCCCCGGCGCCGCCGCCGGAGACCGGUCGCUGUCGCCGUCGCUCUCCGCCUCGCCGCUUUCCGCCUCGCCGUCGCUGCAGCGAUCGCUCACCUCCGCCGCCGCGAGCAAGAUGAAGAAGGCCCUAGGGCUCAAAUCGUUGUCGGCGUCGAAGAAGAGCCCCGGAAAGGACGGGAGCCCCGCGAAGUCCUCGGCGAAGAAGCAGAUCUCUGCUGGAGAGCUUAUAAGGAUUCAGAUGCGGAUCUCGGAGCAGAGCGAUGCUCGGAUCCGGAGGGGUUUGCUUAGGGUCGCGGCGGGACAACUUGGGAGACGUGUAGAGGCUAUGGUUUUGCCCCUAGAACUACUGCAACAGUUCAAAGCAUCAGAUUUUCCAGACCCACAAGAAUAUGAGGCCUGGAAGAUCAGGAACUUGAAGCUCCUCGAAGCUGGAUUACUUCUACACCCACUUAUUCCACUAGAGAAAUCGGAUGUUUCAGCUCAAAGGCUACGCCAGAUCAUACGCGGAGCUUCAGAUAGGCCACUUGAAACUGGAAGGAAUUCAGAAUCAAUGCAGAUUUUACGUAGCGCUGUUACUGCCCUCGCUUGCAGAUCCUUUGAUGGAUCUUCAGACGCCUGCCAUUGGGCAGAUGGAUUUCCACUUAAUCUCCAUCUAUACCAUAUGCUGAUAGAAGCUUGCUUUGAUAAUGGUGAGGAAGGUUCCAUUGUGGAAGAGAGCUUGGAGGUAUUAGAGCAAAUAAAAAAGACUUGGGUUAUCCUCGGAAUCAAUCAGAUGCUUCACAAUCUUUGUUUUACUUGGGUUUUAUUCAGCCGUUUUGUUACCACCGGUCAAGUAGACAAUGAUCUCCUGUUUGAGGCUGAUAAUCAGUUAGCUGAGGUUGCAAAGGAUGCUAAAACGACAAAGGAUCCAGUUUAUUCUAAAAUUCUGAGUUCAACACUCAGCUCAAUAAUGGGUUGGACAGAAAAAAGACUUCUGGCUUAUCAUGAGACCUUCAAUUCUAGUAACAUUGAGUCUAUGCCGAGUAUUGUCUCUAUAGGAGUGACAGCUGCUAAAAUUCUUGUUGAAGAUAUAUCUAAUGAAUACCGUCGUAAGAGGAAAGAAGAAACUGAUGUAGCUCGCAGCAGGAUUGACACUUACAUACGAUCGUCUCUCCGUACUGCUUUUGCUCAAAGAAUGGAACAAGCAGAUUCAAAUAGACGGUCAUCAAAAAAUCAGGCUACUCCUACCCCAGUCCUUUCCAUCCUUGCAAAGGACAUUGGCGAUCUAGCAAAGAAGGAAAAAGAGCUAUUCAGUCCAAUAUUGAAGCAAUGGCAUCCACUAGCUGCAGGUGUUGCCGUUGCGACACUACAUUCUUGCUAUGGAAAUGAGUUAAAGCAAUUUGUAGCUGGUCUUACUGAGUUAACACCAGACACAGUCCAAGUGCUCAAAGCUGCUGAUAAGUUGGAGAAAGAUCUCGUGCUUAUUGCCGUCGAAGAUUCCGUUGAUAGUGAUGAUGGGGGCAAGUCAUUAAUUCGUCAGAUGCCACCUUAUGAGGCCGAGUCUGCAAUUGCUAAUCUAGUGAAAGAAUGGAUAAAAACAAGAGUGAACAGACUUAAGGAAUGGGUUGAUCGGAAUUUGCAGCAAGAGACUUGGAAUCCCAGGGCUAACAGGGAGAGUUGCGCCCCAUCUGCGGUGGAGGUUCUUCGGAUAAUUGAUGAGACUUUAGAUGCAUUUUUUCAGCUGCCAAUACCAAUGCACCCUGCCCUGCUGCCGGACCUCAUAAUUGGACUUGAUAGAAGUCUGCAACAUUAUGCAUCAAAAGCAAAGUCAGGAUGUGGAACACGGAAUACUUUCAUCCCUGCACUGCCUGCAUUAACAAGAUGUGAGGUUGGUUCAAAAUUGUUCAGGAAAAAGGAAAAACCACACCACAAUGUGCCGAAAAGAAGAUCACAGGUUGGCUCAACUAAUGGAAAUGCCUCUCUUGGAUUGCCACAGCUUUGCGUGCGCAUGAACACACUUCAUCAUAUUCGGACAGAGUUGGAUAACCUGGAGAAGAAAAUCAUAACAUGUUUAAGAAACGUCGAAUCUGCUCAUGCUGAUAUAUCAAACGGGCUAGAGAUCAAGUUUGAUCUCUCCUUGUCAGCUUGCCAAGAAGGGAUUCAACAGCUUUGUGAGACAACAGCCUAUAAGGUGAUCUUUCAUGAUCUAAGUCAUGUUCUGUGGGACAGCCUUUACGUUGGUGAGACCGCGUCUUCUAGAAUUGAGCCCUUCCUAAGAGAGCUUGACCCAACCCUAGAAACGAUAUCAAAUACCAUGCAUGACAGAGUGCGUAACCGAGCAAUAACUGCUUUAAUGAAAGCUUCUUUUGAUGGCUUCUUGCUAGUGCUUUUAGCAGGCGGCCCCUUGCGUGCAUUCACUAAACAAGAUGCUCGGAUGAUUGAAGAUGAUUUUAAAUCUCUCAAAGAUUUAUUUUUGGCGGAUGGGGAUGGUUUGCCUGAAGAGUUGGUCGAGAAGGCAGCGAGCCAAGUGAAGAACGUAUUACCGCUCUUCCGAACUGAUACAGAGAGCCUGAUCGAACGGUUCAGAAGAAUGAUUGUUGAAGCAUAUGGUUCUCAAGCCAAAUCGCGGUUUCCUUUGCCGCCAACAUCCGGGCAUUGGAGCCCGAAUGAGGCCAAUACAUUGUUACGCAUUUUGUGCUAUAGAAAUGAUGAGCAAGCCACUAAGUUCCUGAAGAAAACCUACAACCUUCCAAAGAAGCUAUAAGAUGUUAUAAAACAGUACGUAGUAUCUACAGGUGAUUUAUUAGUAGCUCCUUGGCAAGGCUUGUCUGUAUGCGUUCUGUAUAUCUAUAUUACCAGCGCAGGUUUGGGAGAAUCAUUGAGUUCUCGAUCGUUCUGAUUGCAGCAUCAUGAUACCUUCGAGGGCAGUGUUUUCUACACCAGACUAUAUUCGCCUUAUCAGAUCGGUUUUAGGUGAUGUAAUACUACUGACUUAAAUAUGGGAUUUGGUUUGUUUGAGAGUUGGUUUGUAAAAGUUAGAAUGCUUCAAUCAUUCUUUUAGUUACGUGAUAUCAUGAAGGUUAGUUAUUUAUUCUUUGGGUUAGCAGGAGCUUUCUGGUUCUUUGUUAUAUUAUUAAUGUUUAUUUAGUUUUUUCCGACCUGCUACUUUGAAUCAGUUGUGAAUAAGUUCUAUUUAACUAUCAGGAUGAGGUUUACUGCUUGCAA